UUUCUGAAAUGAUCGGACAUCCGGCUGGUGUGCAAAGAACGGUAAUUCAACAUUCUGACAUUCUAAAUAUCCUAGGUUCAUCAUAUUUGAUUAGUUUUUCCACCAAAAAUAUCAUUCAUUUUCAGAUGUGCAUAUUGGUGGGACAGGAGGAUCCAAUCGUUUUCCUGCAAGUUGCAUAGUGGAUCUAAUAGGGAUGGAGGAUGUAAAAUAGUUUGUGAACACUUCUCCUCCUAUAUAAUGCUUCAUUGCCAUUUGUAGAUGUGCAUAUUGUCAGGACAGGAGGAUCCAAUUAUUUUCGUAAAAGUUAAUAGUGAAUCUUAGAGGGGUGGAGGAUGUAAAAUACCUUAUGAACACUUCUCCUAUGUGGCUUUAUCAGAUAGAUUUGAAACUUUGUACAAUGCUUCAUUGCCAUUGUUAGAUGUGCAUAUUUUCGGAACAGGAGGAUCCAAUUAUUUUUCUAAAAGUUAUAGUGGAUCCAAGAGGAGUGGAGGAUGUUAAAGUAACGAAGAAAAAGUCCAUUGACACAGUGGAACAAGAGGGCAGUAGCUGGAUAUACGAAGCUUUAUUUUGUAGGAACAAUCAGUGAAGAGUAAGAGUGAAGAACAAAAGACAGACACAGAUGAAGAGUGAAGAAUAAAGAAGAUAGAAAAAAAAUGGGUAAACGUGUUGGAAAGUAACAAAACACAAACAGCACAAAGAUCUAAAGAUGGCCUGGAAGAGUUCGUCAAUUGUAAGCUAUCCAGACUCGGAUGAUGACAACGAUCCGUUACACUACAUCAAAAAGUCACGACCAAAACAGGACAAUGUGCAGUAUACGCCAGUAUAUAAAAAUAAAGUAGGAAAGAUAGCCGGGCAUCCGAGAGACCCGAGGCUAGAAAGCAGAAAUAGGGAUCCAAGACUGCAACCCAAAACUAAUGAGUCAAGGGACCCUAGACUUCACUCAAGAAACGUAGAAAAUCGAGAAUUCAGAGCAUUGCCACAAACUGACGAAGCAAGUAUCCACUACGAACCGGUGUAUAAUCGUAAAGUUCGGGACAUCGGAAGAGAGAUUGAUCAUGCAUCUCGCGCUAAUUCAUACGAGAGUGCUGGGGCAAGGUGGAAACAGUACAAAUCAGAGAAGGCCGCAGAGAUUUCAAAACCGGAUAAGUAUCAGAGCGCAGAAUCGGGUUGGAAGAAGUUAAAAUCCGAAAACAAAUGGAACACAUCUCACUGGACACGGGCGAGUGACUCUUCUGACGAUGAAGAUAAGUACAAUAGAAAAACACCGAAAUCGAAAAUAGAUAUAUAUUCGAAUUCUCAGGAGAUGGAAGAAGCUUGUACCGAAGAAAAACCUAGAGGGAAUGACUUUUGGUGGAAAUACAAAGACGAUGAUCCCGUCACUGAUAGCUCCCUUCUUGAACACGCUCCGAAAUCCGAGGAGAAAAAUGAUGAUUUGUUUGAUGAUAUAUUGAGUGGAAAUCUUGCAGAGAGUAAGAAAAGCACGGAAAAAACAGAUGAUUUUAACGAUGACUUUCUAUACGAAGACGUUCUAAUGCAAUCCAGAAAAGUCCUAGAAGAGGGAAAAGCCUUUUUAGGAGAAACCGUAAACGAAAAAUGCGACAGAGGAAAAGAUCACUACCCGAUUUUUCACGAAGGGAGUUUCGAUAAAUCUCGGAAUGCACAUGAUUCAGUAUCAUCUCAGAAUUUCAGAUCAGAGGAUCACAUGUUGACGGAAAAGAGGUUUAAUGACUGCCCUCAGUAUCAUGCUGAGCCUGAUGACAAAACCGAAAAUCACUUGUAUAAACAUGUGGACCAUGAGUUCGAAGAUAAUGGCGAAACAUGGGCUCGAUCAAUAACAGUGGAGAAAAAGGACGAUUCAAAUUGGUCUGAUGAAAGCCUUUCUCCCAUUCGUCGGGAUGAACAAAGUGAAGACAGAGAUGUUGAGGUAAACUUAGUUAAGAAGAGAAGUCCAAGCAGGACAAGGAAUGAUUCUUCAUCUAGUCAUGAUGCUAAGGAAAAGAGGAAAGACGAGAAAGUUUCAAAUCUCUCUCCACCUCGCCAAGAACCGCGUAUAUUGGAACCAGCGCAACCAGUUUUGAUUAAUCCAUACGAUAAUCCAAAAUUGAAUGUUGAUAAUAUCAGUAAGUAUUUCGAUGAUUUAAUGGAGUGGAAUUAUAGCCAUCGGUGCCUCAUCUGUGACAAAACAUUUGAAAAUCUAACAAAAUGGACGGAACAUAUUUUGGACACUAAGCAUGGUCGAGAGUUUCAUCUUGAUCCAUACCGAUGUCCACCCUGUCAUGAAAUGUUUCGGAGCAAGCAGGAGUGGAAAAUGCACAUGGCGUAUGCUCCUUCUCAUGGCUUUAUGGGAAGUAUAAACAUGCCGAAACCAUGCACGGUUUUACCACCAUCACCGGCUUUUCCGGUUCAACAUGGUUGGAGAUGUAAAGGCUGCUAUAUUAUAUCACAGACAGAUGAGGACGCCAUGCGCCACAUCAAGUAUGUGCAUCUUAUUCACUCAGCUCAGUAUCCUUGCCCAUUGUGUGGAGAGCCUUUCUGGCAUCAACGGGAUCUAGACCGCCACGCUGAUGAUGUUCAUGCUCCACCUAAAUAUCAUUGUGAUAUUUGUCAGCGGGCAUUUGAAUCGAGUGAAAAGCUUCAAACUCAUCGCUUGAUAAAACACUCCAAAAAAAUUACGUGCUACAGAUGUGAAAAACAGAUUGAUGAACUAAUUUUUAAGGAACAUUGUGAAAUGCACAAAUUAGAAAUGCGUAAAUGUGACUACUGUGGAGAUGUUUUCAAAGAUAGUUAUCAUUUGGAUAAACACAUAAGAAAUGACCACAAGAAACGCCAUCGCUAUCGUUCUUCUUCAAGAUCCCCAGAUCGUCGAUCAUCUCGGCGAAGAUCUCGUAGAAGUUCAUCAAGGUCAAGAAGAAGUUCUUCCAAAUCUCGAAAAAGUUCAACCAGAGAUGAACAACGUAAAAAGGAGAAGUCGGUCCCUGACGAUUCUCCUACCAGAAAGGAAGUAGAGAGGCAAACAAGCAAAGAAAUUGAGAGGUCCAGAUCUCAAGAUGAUUCGAGCAUUCCAUCAAGUAGCGGCGCUACUCCCACAAGGGAUGAAGAGGAGGAUAUAUAUCCACCUGGAGACGAGAACUACAGACAAUCAUCGCCAAAACAAAAUAUCGACAUUAAAGAAGCAGCGCCUGUUGAAGAUGAAAACACAAGUCGAGAUGAGGGACACUCUUCAUCUCGAUCUCCACUCGGAAGGCGCGAUUCAAGAGAUGAUCAUCACCGUUCAAGACAAAGGGACAGGUCAAACGAUUAUCACAGAUCUCGAUCAAGAUCCCAUGAUGCUCGAGAUCGUAGGUCAUCUCGUAGUGAGAAAGGCGGAUCACGUGAUAAAUCCUCGUCUCGGCGAUACCACAACGACAAGAGAAGUCGAUCCCGAUCUCGAGAAAAAGAGUACGACAGGAAACGAAGAUCGAUGUCUAAUGACAAUGACCGUGAUUAUGGCAGCCAUUGUAAAGAUCGUGGAUACGUUGAUUCGGUAGACAAGUAUGCGAAAGAUGAGUCGGGAAAUAUGGAACAUGAUAGACUUAACAACAGCUCGUCAAAUGCACAGGACAGUCCCUCUAAUGAUGUUGAUGGAGAUGAUGACGAAACCGAAUGGGAAAGGAAAAUCAGUGCGAAGAUGAUUGUUAAAGAUGAGAUAUGGGAUAAAGAAGAAGACGACAAAUCUAAUGACGUGUCGUAUGAAACGGUUCAAAAAGACCUGCCAAUAUUUGACAUUCCAAUGGAAGAGGACAUUAAAAAAUCGUCAUCCGAAAAUCCAAUAGAAAACGCGACGUGGGUUGUGGAGAAACCGCUUGAUGAAAAUAAAGACUUGAAGUCUGAACAUGAAGGUGACGAGGAAGAAAAGAAGCAGUUUGUAUGUAAAGAAUGCGGAAAGUCAUUGGGAUCAUUGAUGCAACUGCGUGAUCAUUUCACGGUGAAGCACAAGAAAGGUUACAACCUGCGAAACAAAAGAAUUUCUAGCUCUGAGGUCAAAAAAAGUCAACCAGUCCUACCAAAGGAACCGAAACUGUCAGAGGAACAAAAGGAAAUUGCCAAACUCAUUGAGGGGAUAGAAUGAUCACUUAAUCAAUAUGUGCAUAUAAUCAAUUAUGGUUAUACAGUCAGAAUUCGAUUUCAGUUCUAAAUGUUCAUCUCAUUAUGGACUUUAAACAAGAACCCUUAGAGUUAAUACCUGUCUACCAACAUACCUGUACCAAGAAAAGUCGUAGUACACUUGUGUAUAUAUAUGUGUAUCCAAAUAAUGUUUAAGUGGUUUGGCAACCAGUUUGAUGGGCGCAUCGAAUUUUAAAAUCCUAUUUGUGUGAAUUCUAGUGGUUAAGCACAGUCGAUAACAAAUGACAUGCAAUGAUUGUAUAGUGUACAAAUCCAAAAAUUUUGGUUUCUUUGAUUUGAUAAUUAUAUCUACCGGAAACAUGGAAAUGUAAUCCAGUUCACUCAAAAAAAAACCACAAAAAAAAAACACUUUAAUGUUUUCAUCAGAGUUUUUUAGGCCACGAAAUCGUUGAGUUAUUCAUUGUGGCAUUAUAAAACAAGUAAUCGAUAUUUGCACGUAAUGUGAUUUUAAUUAAUUUUUUUUUUUUUUUGUUAUUUGAUUAGACAUUGCGUUUUGAAAUAAAGAAUCUUUGCUGCGAA